UUUCUUUCCUCAUUCAUGACUUUUUUAUUUUUAUUUCUAUUAUAUAGUGCUCUCGAUUUUGGAGAAUUUGACACCUCUUCUACAAAUCUUGUAGGUCCACCUGGCUCUGGAAAGGGAACUCAGUCUCCUAUUAUCAAGGAUGAAUAUUGCUUGUGCCAUUUAGCCACUGGUGACAUGCUGAGGGCUGCUGUGGCGGCCAAGACACCUCUAGGUAUCAAAGCUAAAGAAGCUAUGAAUAAGGGAGAGCUUGUUUCAGAUGAUUUGGUUGUGGGCAUUAUUGAUGAAGCUAUGAAGAAACCCUCAUGCCAGAAAGGUUUCAUUCUUGAUGGCUUUCCUAGAACUGUGACUCAAGCACAGAAGCUUGAUGAGAUGUUGGCAAAGCAAGGUGCCAAUGUUGACAAAGUCCUGAACUUUGCAAUUGAUGAUGCUGUAUUGGAAGAACGGAUUACUGGUCGUUGGAUCCACUCAGCCAGUGGUAGGACUUACCACUCAAAAUUUGCACCUCCAAAGUCUCCAGGAGUUGAUGAUGUAAGUCGAGUACAGAACAUUUAAUUAAGCUGCUUAUUUUUAUGUUUCCACGAUCUUAUUUAUAUGAUUACUAUUUUCUUCUAGACUUAGUGUGGAUCGACUCACUAUUUUAGUGUGUAAGUUGUUCAAGUUUCCCAAUCAGCUUCUUGUGGCAUAAGUUUUUGAACCAGUUAAUGACAUCUUGACAUUUA